CAAACUAUUUCAGGCACCGAUAGCACGUGAAUUCCUUCGGAACUAUUGAAUUUCCCUUUUGAUUUUGUGCAAGUGAGAAAAAAGCAGUCAAAAUGGCUUUGAGCGAUGCUGAUGUUCAAAAACAGAUCAAACAUAUGAUGGCAUUCAUUGAGCAGGAGGCCAAUGAAAAAGCUGAAGAGAUUGAUGCCAAAGCCGAAGAAGAGUUCAAUAUUGAGAAGGGACGUCUCGUCCAGCAGCAGCGUCUCAAGAUCAUGGAGUACUAUGAGAAAAAGGAGAAACAGGUCGAGCUGCAGAAGAAAAUCCAAUCCUCAAAUAUGCUCAAUCAGGCUCGCUUGAAGGUGCUUAAAGUGCGUGAAGAUCAUGUGAGCAGUGUGCUGGAUGAUGCACGCAAACGUCUCGGUGAAGUCACCAAGAAUGAGGCCGAAUACAAAGAAGUUCUGAGCAAACUGAUUGUCCAAGGCCUGUAUCAGGUGAUGGAACCCAAAGUUACUCUUCGCUGCCGUCAAGUCGAUGUACCUCUCGUUAAGGCUGUCCUUCAGUCAUCCAUUGAGCAGUACAAAGCCAAUAUGAAUCAGGAUGUCGAUCUCUUCGUGGACGAGAGAGAAUACCUGGCUGCAGAUACUUGCGGAGGUGUCGAAUUGUUAGCAUUGAAUGGACGCAUCAAGGUGCCAAAUACCCUGGAGUCCAGAUUAGAAUUGAUUUCACAGCAGCUUGUGCCAGAAAUCCGUAACGCUCUGUUCGGUCGUAACGUUAAUCGCAAAUUCACCGAUUAAAUUUGUCUUUAAGUGCAAAAUCAACAAGAAAACAAUAACGCAAAUACCACAAAUACAUUAAACAAAAGAAGUAAAAAGUUUACAAUCAACAAUAAGAACACCCACUAAAUGGAUGAACGAGACGAUCCCCAUUGAACUCUUGAACUUUAUUUAAACAAAAUUGUGUCUAUUAAUUAUAAUUAUUAUUGCCGUUGUCUUUUUAUAGUGAAACUGAGAAACAAAAACACACAUGAACCUUUGGUUGGAUAUGUAAGCUACAAAUAUGAGUUAAUAACGCAUAUGAACUUACAUAUACGCCAAAAAUGAAAAUACUUACAAUAUAUUUUAGAAAAUAUUUCAACAGAUAAAUCAAGUUCGAAGUGCAUUCAAAUCCGUAAAAAAGAGUUUGUUAAAGUUUGUUUUUAUGAACUAACCGGCGUUUAACAAUAUUAAGCUAAUCAUAAUAACAUUCCUCAAAACAUUUUUGCGAUCCGUACAUUAUUUUUUUUUAGUUAUGUCGAUGCGAAUGCGUCUUUGCAAUAUAUUUCUGUAAUAUUAUAAUCUUUUGUUUUUGCCACCCCUUUUCUCUGUAUCUGUAAUUUUUGUUGUAUAUUUUUUUAUUUUUUCGAUUACUGUUUAAUUGUUGUUAUCCUUCUCUUUAGACAUGUUAUUCAAAUAUAUUUAAACACAAAUUAAAUGAAACUGCAAUGUGCGAUGCAGCGGUGAGGCACGUGUGCCACUUGCAACGUACACCAGACGCACUCUCAGCAUUAUUACCGACGACCCACCGAAAUAAAAUGCCAUCAAUUUCGCUGGCUCGUCGGUAAUGUGCGUCUGCGCACUUGCAACUGGCACAUUGUAUUAUCAAAAUGAAACAUCCAUAGAAAGUCUGUUGUUGAUCGAGCAAUGUAAAGUACACACAGUUACCAAAAACGAAUUGCACGCGAGGACAGUUAACGAAGUAUUGCCAAGUGGCCAAGUAGCUAAAUUUGUUCACUUAUAAAUUACAUAUUAUAAAUGCCCUGAUGUUUUACCUGCUUCCAAUUCCAAA